CAGUAUUUUUGUCUUUUUUUAAUAUUCAGUGAGAGAUAAGGACAGAAUUACUGCUGUGUCGACUUGUGUUUCUUAUUGGAAAGUUCCUAUUAUUAGACGGCAUUACAUUCACAAGUUAUGAAAAUCAAGCAUUCCUAUCACAUGUAAUAAGAUACUUAUUAAAAUAAUAGUGAAUUGAUUAUGGAAACACAACCGCUAAAAGCUCCCGAAAAACUGCCGUAUUUCACCGCAACAGCUCCACCAGGUGCAUUACAGUUUCUAGUGAAUACUUCAUGGCAACCACCUCCUGGAUAUUAUCCUAACAACAUCGAUCCUGGCUAUCAAGAAAGCCAUGUCCCGUCAUAUGGCUCUACACAUUCCACCGCAAUCAUUGUUCCAGAAAUUAUUAUAGUCGGCGGGUGUCCAGCAUGCAGAGUAGGUGUAAUGGAAGACGAUUAUACAUGCCUUGGUUUGCUUUGUGCGAUUCUCUUUUUUCCCUUUGGAAUUCUUUGUUGUUUGCUGUUAAAAACAAGACGCUGUUCAAAUUGCGGAGCUUAUUUUGGUUAAUUAAAAUAAUGUUAAAAAUAAAUCACCGGGCUACCGCAUCGUGACACACUAGCUUUGAGCAGCUAAGCGACGAACAACAUGCGGCGAUACAUCGCGAUAAUAUAAGUCCGCAAAUCAAUUCUGUAAACGGAAUAUAUUGUAACGAGCGCGUCCAAAACCCCGAAAUACGUAGACCCCCGGUAACACCGUUAUCGAAACGUAUAUUAGCAAUAGCGAAUGUCAGAAGGUAGAAAUUCACCGAUACCGAACGAAUCGUGAUCAUUUAGCGAAUCGGCGACUCGAUUUAUACGUUAUUGCGAAUUAAAUCUUGCGUGACAAGCGGCACAAGUCCUUCGCAAGAAGAAAAUGUUUGUAGGGCCUUAGAGUACCCCCUUGAAAGCGAUAGCGAACUACCCGAGCACAUUAUACGCGAGCGAGAAUUUCCGUUCGCGAGUCUUGAUUCUAGUUUAUUCGACAAAAAUGCAGUUGACGCGACACGACAAGACCGUGUUGAAAAGGAACGAGACCAUACGUUAAUCGUACUCCAAGCCGCGUAUCUUUACAAGGCGAAUUUUCAUUGACCUCGUAUGAUUUAGAUAUAUUUAAUCCCGAAGAAAUCCUUGAAAGAUACAACAUAAACACUGACGAGCAAGCGGGAGCACAACAAUCGGAAGCCCAACAAUUCAUUGCCAACGUCGAACAAGAAAUACAACAAAUUCAUCAGGAGAUAAUCGAAAAUCCGGCCGAACGAACCGCACAACUUAACCUUGAGACCGUCCACCAGAGCCACCCAAUCCGACCAGGAGCCGAUUCCAUCCACGAGCGGCGUAAAGUUCUUCACGGCAAAGGCGAUCGAGGGAAAGGACAUCAAGGGAAGGCGCACCAAGAGCCUGCGGCUUGAGCGGGUUAAAGAUAAAGCGUAGUAAUGCGCGAACACCCUAUUUUAAUAUCAGUAUUCUAAGUUUAAGAUCAAGAAAGCGGACCAAGCCAAUUUUUAGUUAUGUUAUGUGAUAUUUGUUUAAGUUAUAAUUUUAUAUGUAAAGAACUCCGCGGAAUAACAGCGCGAACGUCAAAGUUUUAGUGCUAACCAAAUUUUAUGCAUGACACGUAAGUUAGGGUACGUUAUUUUGUUCUAAAUUAGCUCAUUUUAUAUUAUUUCACUAUUUAACACUUUCUUCUAAUUAAAAUAGUAUUGCGUUACAGAAACCAUAGCCUAUACCAUAUCUAAUGUGUAAAAUAAUAAUAUAACCUCACAUUUAAUGUUCAAAGGCAAUUUUAUAAUUUUGUAAGUUUGUUUAUGUUUUCAUAUAGCGAGAUUACAUAAUAGAGAUUGAAAGAUGUUAUUUUAUCAAAUAAAGUACAAAUCUUAAGUUGA